CAUGUUGACAUUUUAUGUUAGGAUCCUGUUUGGCGAGAGGCCUUAUUGGUGGAUCGGACAUUCUGGAUUGUUUUCUAAAAACCCACCAAAAGUCCAGCAGUUCCUGUCUACCUGUGAGACCGGCCCAGGCAGUCCGUCCGGUCAUGCCAUGGUCACUGGUGCUGUCUGGUGGGUGGUCGUCUCUUUCCUGGCCUCCUUCUUUCACACUCGCACAGGCAGUAAGAUAUUAGCUGCAGUGCCGUAUCUGUUGUAUGCAGUAUUUUUGGCAUGUGUAGGCCUCUCUCGAAUCUUCAUCUUAGCUCACUUCCCACAUCAAGUCAUUGCAGGUCUUCUGGCAGGGGUCUUGCUGGGGGUUUUUCUGAACAGGACUGUGCCUGAAUGUCGCCCUCUGCUGUUCUUCUUUCGCUUCAGCUUGACUUUGCUCCUUGGAGCUCUUCUAAUGCAUGGUGCCCUGCAAAAGAUUGGGGUUGAUCUUUCUUGGUCUAUCUCACUGGCUAAGAGGUGGUGCUCUCGCUCCGAGUGGAUCCGUAUGGACACGGCGCCCUUCUCCUCUCUGAACCGUGAUGCCGGGGUUCUGCUGGGACUAGGACUUGCACAGUACUGGAAGCCAGGGGGAUGGGCUCUUCCAUGGGUUCCCAGGACUCUCUGUCUGGCCCUCUCGUCCAUAGCCCUCCACUACAUCAACAGUUUCCCAGUGCCCACCGUUCCUCCACUUCUCUUCUACUCCCUGUUUUUUCUCAAAUACAGCAUUGUGCCGCAGGUGGUCAUGGUGUUGGUGCCAGGAUUUGUGCAUCUUCUCACAGCCAAACCCAAGAGGGAGUAAAAGUGAAUGUCGCAGCUUUUGGUGUUUGAACCAGCCAUCAAAACAGAAAGCUCUUGACACAAAAAGAACCAUCAGCUUGAAGAUCAAUCAUACAUGGAGUUCUGUUUGAGCUUUAAAGAAUGUUUUUGGAGCAGACGUGAAAAGGAUUGCUGCACUGCAUAAACAUGUAGUUUGUGCCAAAGAAAGUCUUGAGUAAAAAUGUUUCUUGUUGCUGUUGUUCUUUGAUGAUUCUUUUAAAAAG